GUCUGGCUUAUCUUUGCAUUCGUCGGGGUAGCGAGGACAGCGGGGCACCUCCCGGGGAUAGCGUUGCUCCCAAGGAAAGAGAUCGAGGCGACCGCCUUGACAUAAUUGGCAGCCUACGACGCCCAUGAGCCACUGACCGGAGGUGUUGCCUGCGCGGCCCUUCAUGCCCCUGGGACUCGAGGCCCAGUGAAGCCCCCAGGUGUCCAGCAUGGCCGCGCUGCUCCUGGGCGCGGUGCUGCUGGUGGCGCAGUCCCAGCUGGUGCCUUCCCGCCCUGCCGUCCCGGGGGCGGAGCCCAGCCAGCAGGAGCUGCUGCGGAAAGCCGGGACCCUGCAGGAUGACCUCCGAAGCUCUGCGGCCGCCAACGGCUCUGUGCAGCAGCUGCCCCAGACCAUCAUCAUCGGGGUGCGCAAGGGCGGCACACGCGCGCUGCUGGAGAUGCUGAGCCUGCACCCCGACGUGGCUGCCGCCGAGAACGAGGUACACUUCUUCGACUGGGAGGAGCAUUACAGCCUGGGCCUGGGCUGGUACCUCAGCCAGAUGCCCUUCUCCUCCCCGCACCAACUCACGGUGGAGAAGACGCCUGCCUACUUCACCUCGCCCAAAGUGCCUGAGCGCGUCCACAGCAUGAACCCGGCCAUCCGGCUGCUGCUCAUCCUGCGGGACCCGUCGGAGCGAGUGCUGUCCGACUACACCCAAGUGUUCUACAACCACAUGCAGAAGCACAAGCCCUACCCGUCCAUCGAGGAGUUCCUGGUGCGCGACGGCCGGCUCAACGUGGACUACAAGGCGCUCAACCGCAGCCUCUACCACGCUCACAUGCAGAACUGGCUGCGUUUCUUCCCCCUGCGCCGCAUCCACAUCGUGGACGGUGACCGCCUCAUCAGGGACCCCUUCCCCGAGAUCCAGAAGGUCGAGAGGUUCCUCCGGCUGGCCCCCCAGAUCAACGCCUCGAACUUCUACUUUAACAAAACCAAGGGCUUUUACUGCCUCCGGGACAGCGGCCGGGACCGCUGCUUACACGAGUCCAAAGGCCGGGCGCACCCGCAAGUGGACCCCAAGCUACUCAAUAAACUGCACGAGUAUUUUCAUGAGCCAAAUAAGAAAUUCUUCGAACUCGUGGGCAGAACAUUUGACUGGCACUGAUUUCUGAGAAGUGAGGCUCGGGACCUUUCCUAUGUUGUAACUUCUGCUGUAUAUCUAGGGGGGGAAAAAGAAUUUUAAAAAGGGCAUUUAAACUAUAAUUUAUUUGUAAAAUCCAUAAAUUACUUCUGUACAGUAUUAGAUUCACAAUUGCCAUAUAUACUAGUUAUAUUUUUCUACUUGUUAAAUGGAGGGCAUUUUGUAUUGUUUUUCAUGGUUGUUAACAUUGUGUAAUAUAUGUCUCUAUAUGAAGGAACUAAAACUAUUUCACUGGGGAAAAACAAAAAAGAUUUUUCUGGAGACGCUGUCUUUUUUUGAAUAUAAUUAUCUUGCCCCCAACUCAAAA